CUUACACGAACAAGGUCGAGCUUUCUUGGGGUUUGUGAGCUUUCGGGGCCCAAUUCUCAAUUCUACAAUUCCUUUAAAUUGCCAAUUGAGAUUUUCUUUCCCUGACCCUUCGGAUAACUCGUUCUUUUUUUUUUAUUACUGGCAACAGCAUUACCUGGUGAAAAAAGACCGCCGGACAGACGUUUCGACAGACAAGGGAUUAAUCUCGUUUCUCACUUUCAUCUUUGGUCUUCUUUUCACAAACUCCCCACCAUGUCGUCGUUCAACAUUGUCGUCUUUGCUGGUGACCACUCUGGUCCCGAGGUCGUCGCCGAGGCUGUCAAGGUCCUCAAGACUGUUGAGGAGAAGAGCAAGACAGGUGUCAAGUUUAACCUGCAUGAUCAUCUGCUGGGUGGUGCCUCAAUCAACGCUCACGGUAGCCCCUUGACCGAUGAGGCCCUAGCCGCCGCCAAGUCGGCUGAUGCCAUCCUCCUCGGCGCCAUCGGCGGUCCGGAAUGGGGACCCUCGUCACCGGUGAGGCCGGAGCAGGGUCUCCUCAAGCUCCGCAAGGAGCUCGGCACAUUUGGCAACCUCCGCCCGUGUUCGUUCGCCUCGGAUUCGCUGGUGGACUUUUCGCCCCUCAAGGCCGACGUCUGUCGCGGCACCGACUUUGUCGUCGUUCGCGAGCUGACCGGAGGUAUCUACUUUGGUGACCGCACCGAGGACGACGGCUCAGGUUACGCGCUCGACACUGAGCCCUACUCGCGCCACGAGAUCGAGAGGAUAGCCCGCCUGGGCGCCCAGCUGGCCCUUGCCCGCAGCCCGCCCGCCAAGGUCUGGAGUCUGGACAAGGCCAACGUCCUGGCCACGAGCCGCCUGUGGAGGAAGGUUGUCGACGAGAUCUUUGCCAAGGAGUUCCCACAGCUCGAGCUGGGCCACCACCUCAUUGACUCGGCCGCCAUGCUCAUGGUCAAGAACCCCAGGGCCCUCAACGGAGUCGUCAUCACCAGCAACCUGUUUGGCGACAUCAUCAGCGACGAGGCCAGCGUCAUCCCCGGCAGCUUGGGCCUGCUUCCAAGUGCCAGCCUGGGUACCAUCCCCGACGGCCAGAGCCGAUGCAACGGCAUUUACGAGCCCAUCCACGGAUCCGCUCCCGAUAUAUCAGGCAAGGGCAUCGUCAACCCCGUAGGCACCAUCCUCUCAGUUGCCAUGAUGCUGCGCUACUCACUACGCAUGCCCGCCGAGGCCGACGCGGUCGAGGCCGCCGUCAAGGCCGCCAUCGACGGCGGUGUCCGGACCAAGGAUCUGGGCGGUAACGCCGGCACCAAGGAGAUGGGCGAGGCCAUCAUUGCAGAGCUGAACAAGCUGCUGUAGAAUAUCUGUACGACAAGAUAAAAAAAAAUAAAACAACAAAAAAAAAGACGGAAAGCAAAUCACGACUGGCAUACUAUCGAAGUUGUAUAAACAACAAGUGUCUUACUGGCAGUUAGUUGGGAUUGUUGGACUUGUGUGGUUGGUGUUUGGGGAUUUACGAAUGGUUCACAAAAAAAGGGGGUACGUUUCUCUCUUUGUCUUUUAGGCUGUUUCCGUAGAGCCUAUAUUCCAGUUAAUGCUGAUGCAGACUAAUAUAUGAAAGAUGCCGA